AUGGAAAUGGCUAAAAAAACAAAAAUUGCAAAUGAUCAUUCCGAGAUCAUUCUCGAUCGAUUGGCGAGUGAUGAAUUAAAUUACAUGUUUAAAUUUCUGACGUUUGGUGGAUUGAUAAAUUAUUCAAUGACUUGUCAGAGAAAUUAUUCAAUCAUUCGUGAUUGGAUUUCGAUCAUGUAUCCAAUGGCUGUUGAAUAUGUACAAAAUCAACAUGAAUAUUGGUCAAUUGCAACAAUAUUGAGAAUUUGCAAAAAUGUGGUUAUUGAUGCUAGUACAUUUAAUUUUGCAUUGUUCACGAAAAUAGCCGAACAAUAUAGAGGAAAUUUAAAGCUUCUUUCAGAAGAAUUGGAAUUUAAUUUCUUUAAUUUUGUUAAUGCUAAGGUUUAUUUCGAAAUGGAGGUUAAAAAUUUUGAUUCCAUUUAUGAAAAAAGAAAAAUUCCAUUUGUUGUGUUGCAACCAACUGUUGGCUUUAAUUUUAGCAAUGAGGGAGAGUCAACAAUUGAGGAGAAACGAAUAGUUAAGGAAAAGGAAAUUAUAACAAUCCCACUUGGUUUCUUUAUGAAGAAUUUAAAAUUGUAUUUCGAGCAUUUAUUGAGUGAUAUGUAUUAUGUGUUGAGAUUUUGUCAUUUGGUGGAGAAUUUGGAGAUCAGCUUUGGAGAUUCUGUUUCAGAUGAAAAAUAUGAAGAUUUCUACGAGUGUCCCCUACUGACCUCAUUGAAAAACUUGAGAAUUGUGUCUGGAUGUAUUUUGGAUGAUGUACAAUCUCAAAAAUUUGUUAUUGACAUUCUCAAGUUGACACCUAAUUUGUUGGAUCUUGAAAUAUUUUUUCAUAACUAUUGUGAUGUAAAUAUACUAAUGUACAUAACUAGAAUGUGCCCUAAUCUUGAAAAAAUUUCUAUUGACGUUGAUCAUGGCUAUGGAUAUAUAGGAGUUUCUAUUAAUGAUGAAGGAUUGUAUGGAUUCUUGAAGGCUCUUCCUAAGUUGAAACAUUUGAACCUUGGUGUUUGUCAUCAAAUAUCUGGAGAUUUCUAUUCGAGAAUAGGUGAAUUUACUCAGAUUGAGUAUUUUAGAGUGGAGAGAAGGAAUGGUGGAUACGGACAAGUUUUGGUGGACGAAGUUGAUAAUGUCAAGUUUGGUGGUGGAAUGUUACCAAACCUUUAUUAUUUGGAAAUUGGAAAUUUCUCCUUUUCGACAGAGAAGAGACAAUCAUUAUUGGAAAGCUUGAGGCUAAUGGCUCCUAAACUAGCUAGAUCCAAUUUCCAGAACCAAUACUCAUUUACUUUACAAGAUUAUUGUUAG